AUGGGCAUUCAGCUCCUUCUGCAUCUGAAUUUUCUCAGCUGGUUGUUUGUGUUGUCAAUCCUGGAAGUUUCUUUGGCUGCCCUGUACGUGGACCUGCCGCGCAGGAAUUAUAGCUCUCUGCGUGAUGCAGACCCAUUUGAUGCAACAGAAUCAGGACGAGAUGAGCGGCUGCACGUUUUCACAGUGGAUUAUGAAUAUGUGCAAAUCCCCUAUGAAGUUACACUUUGGAUACUCUUGGCUUCUCUUGCAAAAAUAGGUUUCCAUCUCUACCAUCAACUGCCCCACUUCAUGCCCGAAAGCUGCCUCCACAUUGCCAUGGGUGUCUUGGUUGGUGCGAUUAUUUAUGGCACGGACCACAAAUCUCCUCCAGUCAUGACCACGAGCAUCUACUUCUUGUACCUCCUCCCACCCAUUAUCCUGGAGGGGGGCUAUUUUAUGCCUACCCGCCCCUUUUUUGAAAACUUUGGAUCUAUUCUUUGGUGGUCUGCAAUGGGGUCCCUCAUCAAUGCCUUUGGCAUUGGGUUCUCCCUUUAUGGGAUCUGCCAGAUUGAAGCCUUCGGCCUCAAGGAUGUUAACCUCCUUGACAGCCUCCUGUUUGGAAGCAUGAUCUCAGCGGUGGAUCCUGCAGCUGUCUUAGCUGUCUUUGAGGAGAUGUCUGUUAAUGAACAACUUUACAUGAUGAUCUUUGGAGAAUCUUUGUUAAACGAUGGGAUAACUGUGGUCUUAUACAACAUACUCAUUAACUUUACCCAGAUGCAUCGCUAUGAAGAGAUUGAAACUGUUGACAUCCUGGCUGGAUUUGCUCGCUUUUUUGUCGUGAGCUUUGGCGGGUUGCUGUUUGGCAUUGCCUUUGGGUUUGUGGCAGCAUUCAUGACUCGAUUCACACAGAAUAUUUCUUCCAUUGAACCUCUCCUGGUCUUCAUGUUCAGCUAUUUGUCCUACUUAGCUGCGGAAACACUUUACAUUUCUGGCAUCUUGGCGAUUACGGCAUGUGCGGUGACUAUGAAAAAAUAUGUGGAGGCCAACGUUUCCCCCAAUUCCUACACGACGAUAAAAUACUUCAUGAAAAUGUUGAGCAGCAUCAGCGAGACGCUGAUAUUUGUGUUCAUGGGCGUGUCGACAGUCAGUCGGAACCACGAGUGGAACUGGGCUUUCAUUGGGUUCACAUUGGUCUUCUGCAUGCUUUGGAGGGCGCUGAGUGUGCUUUUGCUGUUCUGCAUCAGCAACAAAUUCCGGACUUACAGAUUCACUCUUAAAGAUCAAUUGAUUGUCAUCUACAGUGGUGUACGGGGAGCCAGCAGUUUCUCCCUUGCAUUUUUGCUUCCUUUUGCUCUCUUUCCUAGAAAGAAAAUGUUUAUUACUUCUACUAUUGUGGUGAUAUAUUUUACAGUCUUCAUCCAGGGAAUCACCAUUAGGCCACUUGUAAAGUACCUAGAUAUUAAGAAGACCAAUAAGAAAGAGUCCAUCAAUGAGGAAAUUCACGUCCGAUUGAUGGAUCAUUUAAAAGCUGGAAUUGAAGACAUAUGUGGACACUGGAGUCAUUAUCAACUGAGAGACAAAUUUAAGAAGUUUGACAACAGAUUCCUAAAGAAGAUCUUAUUACACAAACACCAGCCCAAAUCCAGCAUUGUUUCCCUAUACAAGAAAAUGGAAAUAAAACAAGCCAUUGAGAUGGUUGAAAGUGGAGCAAUAACGCCAGCAACUUCCAAAUCAUCUUCUCUGAGGUAUAGAAACCAAAGAACUCGGAGACUUGCCCCUGAAGAGGUGGAGUCCAUGCAGAAUAUACUGUCACACAAUCUGUAUCAAGUGAGACAAAGGACGCUGUCAUACAACAGGUACACCCUUGCCACAGACCCAAGCGAGAAGGAAGCCAAAGAAAUCCUCAUCCGGCGCCACCACAGCCUGAGGCAGUCCACGAGGAAAGGAUACAGCCUACCAUGGGGAGGGCAGGCAGCUGUCAGAAGCAUGCGUUAUUUGUCUUUACCCUCUGGUAAUACUCGACCAAUUCGAAGUGAAGCUAGGAAUGAUGAUGAUCUAACAGGGGACUGCAGCAGUGACUCUGAAUCUGUGUUCAUUAAGCUCAGUUCAGAGCCUCAGCCAGAAUCACAAUCACACCAAAGAAAGUGGCAACAGCAGCAAUCGCUUCCAGUGAAGCAGCUGCAUUCAAGAGCUGAACCGACAGGUUUUACAGGUCAGAGAAGACGAACAAAUGAAGAGGAUCAAAUAGCCAGAAGACAAAGGCCACUGUUGCCGCCAAAACCUCGCCAUAAUGCAGUGCCUGAAACCAAUCUUCAGGAACUUGAGUCAGAGGACGAGGAGAGCAGGGCACCGUUCCCAUCACUCCCCUCCAUCAAAUGGACAGCAGAAAGCAGAGGUGAAAAAAAACAUUUUUAUGGGCCCAAAAGGCACUUUACUUCAAGGAAAGAGUGA